AAACACUUUGAUCUGAUGAACAAUUCAUGCGAAACCCACGCGUUUACAAUUUCGACCCUUCGUAAUUCCACAGAUUGCGAAUGUCGUUCAUUCUGAAGCAAAAAUAGGUCAAGGUGAAACGGUUGGAGCCGUCGAACCACCCUGCUGGAACAGACGGGCUGUGCGACCAUUGGUCAAAGCUCGUCUGAGCCACUCAAAGCUGUACGGCGUAGCUGCUUGCAGCUGCAGUACGAAUAGGCGGCAUCGACCACAUUUCGGAGUCAAAGUCUUGUUCUCUCGUCCAUUGUAUUUGCUGUGUAAUUGAGGCGUGAAGGUUCGACAUAAUCGAGAAGAAGUGACACGAGUCAGUCUGAGUGGAGCUUGGAUUUUGCGAGGCUGGCGAGGCUGCGAAACGACUGAAUCAUGGCGAAUCAUCAUCGGAGGGAAAGUUCAGUGCCCCACGUUCAAUUAACUCAACCUCUUCCUCCUUUACCUUUGAGCGACAUCCCUCCUCGACUUUCGAUUGCGACUCAAAUAUCAUAUCGAGAUGACCCCGAGGAAGAAGAGGAGGAACUCCUGUCUGCGCAUUCGGCACGAUCACCAUCCCAACCUCCUCGCUAUGAGCCAAUGUACGACUACCUUCGGGCACGGCAACAGAUGACACUUCAAGUACCAACAUGUACUCGUCCGACUUCGAAUCCGGAGAAUGCGUCCGAGGAGCCAUAUCGAGACGAACCGUUCGUUAUAACAAUAAUCGACUCAGUAGAAGAAGACGAUGUUUCCCAACCUCCCCCACCAUCUUACAACGAGUUAUACCGGCAAAAUAAUAUCGAGAUGGAAAACUUGAUGCGGCAGUUUGAGACGGAGGAUACGCCAGCAGAACAGACAGAGGAGAUCUGCAAAUGGGUUGUUGCAAUGUUGUUGGUGGCUCUGACUAUUGCGUGUGUUGGAACAGCAUUCAAUUGGGGUCGACCAAGCUGUACCUGGACAAAUAGAUCGAUGGGAAAGUGCUAAUAGGUACCGUAUGGGAAGAAGGCGCGUUUGAAAUAUUUGGAGUUUGGGUAGGGAAUUGGUAGGAGCGGCAUUUUUGAAUAUUUAUAUUGCGAACUGGAAACAAAUCCAGAAGCGAAGGACUUACAGCUUUGAAAUAGAGGAAUUCCAUACUUUGGCCUCGUUCCUACUUCUCCUGAUACCUAACUGGGAUGGUGAAGAAUGCAAAAGCACUACAGCCUUUUCCAAAAAAAAAACUUCAUCUCGUCCUGUCAUGUCCCUGGUGUUUCCAGAAAAUCAUGGCCAACAAAGAACACUAAAAGCAAGUUCGAACAGAGAUAUUCAAGAGGGAGAAACAUUAAAU